GCGGCCUUCGCCGGCGUCUCCGCGCCAGGCCUCGCAGCCCGGUCGCUGCAGGCGUCGCCGCGGCUGCGCCUGGGGGCGGAGAAGGACGGCAAGGAGGUUGUGGACGCGGACAUCAUAGACGAGGAGUCGGAGUCCGAGGAAGAGUUCUCCGACGACGAGGACUAUUCCGACGAGGAUGUCGAGGGCUACCCGGAGGAAGCCUACAGGGAUUACGGCGCCAAG